GGAUCCGGACUACAACUCCCAGAAUGCCCCGCGCUCCGCUCGCCACCCGUACCCCUGUCGCUUUUCGCCGCCAAAGGUUCCCUCUCCCCGUGAGGCUCGCGGGCUCGGGACUAGACUCUGCGACGCGAGCACUGCCUGGGGUGACAUGGCCUUGUACUUGGGCAGGUUGGGCACAGGCCCCUGCUGGCGCGCGGCAUGGGGCGGCCGCGGGGAGCUGCGCGCCUGGUCGCGGCGCAGCACGGCCCGACCCAUCUGCCGGCCCCCUGGCACGGCUGGCACGGAGCAGACCCGGGGGUUGGGGCACGGCCCCACGGUGCGAGGCGGUCCCUGGCCGGGGACCGGGCUGGCGGCGGCUUUGGGGGGGUUGGUAGGGCUGGCCGCCGCCGCCGCCUUCGGACACGUGCAGCGGGCAGAGAUGGUGCCCAAGAGCUCGGGGGCGCGCAGCCCCUCUCCCGGGAAGCCCGAGGAGGAAGACGAGCUGGCCCGCCGCUGCAAGUGCUUCAUGGCUUUGCCUGUGACCGACCUGCACGAGCUGCGGAGGAGGCCAGGCGACAUGAAGACCAAGAUGGAGCUGCUGAUCCUGGAGACCCAGGCCCAGGUGUGCCAGGCGCUGGCACAGGUAGACGGGGGCGCCAGUUUCUCUGUGGACCGGUGGGAGAGGAAGGAAGGAGGUGGUGGCAUCAGCUGUGUACUUCAAGAUGGACGUGUGUUUGAAAAGGCUGGGGUGAGCAUUUCUGUUGUCCACGGAAAUCUUUCUGAGGAAGCUGCGAAACAGAUGAGGAGCAGAGGAAAAACUCUGAAGAAGACGAAAGAUGGUAAACUGCCAUUUUGUGCAAUGGGUGUGAGCUCUGUUAUCCAUCCCAAGAAUCCUCAUGCUCCCACUAUCCAUUUCAAUUACAGAUACUUUGAAAUAGAAGAAGCUGAUGGUAACAAGCAGUGGUGGUUUGGUGGUGGAUGUGACCUCACUCCAACGUACUUGAACCAAGAGGACGCUGUCCAUUUUCACAGAACUUUAAAGGAGGCUUGUGAUCAGCACGGUCCAGAUCUCUACCCCAAAUUUAAAAAAUGGUGUGACGAUUACUUUUUUAUAGCCCAUCGUGGAGAGCGGAGGGGCAUCGGUGGGAUUUUUUUCGAUGACCUUGACUCUCCAUCCAAGGAGGAGGUGUUUCGCUUUGUGCAGAGCUGUGCCCAGGCAGUCGUACCUUCUUAUAUUCCCCUUGUGAAAAAGCACUGUGAUGACUCAUUCACGCCCCAAGAGAAGCUGUGGCAGCAACUCAGAAGAGGACGGUAUGUUGAAUUUAACCUGCUGUAUGAUCGGGGUACAAAGUUCGGCCUCUUCACUCCAGGGUCCAGGAUUGAAAGCAUCUUGAUGUCACUACCUCUCACUGCACGAUGGGAGUACAUGCAUUCACCCUCAGAGAAUUCCAAAGAAGCUGAAAUUCUGGAAGUUCUGCGCCACCCGAGGGACUGGGUGCAUUGACGCAGGCAGAGCAGCUGUGCUGGGGCUUGGGAGCGCAGGUGUGUGUCCCCUCGCUGCGCUGGCCUGCACUGUUGCCACUGUGUGGCAGUUGGUAGGUGCUAGAAUGUGUUGGAUGUUGUCAGUGAUGCGUGGUCAGAUGGCAGAUUGGUAGAGUCGAUUGAUUAAAAACUUAUUUUUUAUGACUAGUUUAUAGAAUUUGACAUGGAGUUUCCAAGUACUGAGAUAAGGGAACAUAAAUAUUGGAUGUGCCAGGAAACUCUUCUUAUUUUUGUUUUAUGUAUUUUUUUAAGUUUUAGUUUGUGUCACAAAAAUCACUGAUGUUGGCUACAUUUUAUUUUCAUUAAUUUUGUGAAGUUGAACCUUCUUAGUAAUUUUAGAACAUACAUUGAAGGUUAAAGUUUUACUUUGUUAUGACAGAAGUCUCUUUGAUAUAAUCUUUAUGUAUUUUUCUCCAGAGACUGUGUAUUAUAAAAUGAAUAUUCAUUUUUAUAAUGAUAGUUAUUUAGGAACACUUGGAAUUUUCCUGAUCUCUGCAUAUGCUAUGUUUCAGUGACUUGUAGUUUUAACUUUAAAGUGACAAUUAUGUUAUUUAAACAGGGGAUGUCUAGGUUGUAUUUUUGACUUUUCUGGAACUGUAAUUUGUUAAUAUUUGGAUUCUCUGCUCUUUUGAGUGUAAAGCUUAUAUCCCUGUAUUCUGAUACUUAAAGUUUGCUAUUCCAGACAUUUCUACAUGGAACUUCAGACCAAGAACAAUCCUAGGAUGUUGUAAAUUUAGGAAAUCUCUCUCAUUUGGAAAAUGAAAUGAGUAGUAUUUUCUUUCUUUAAUUAAAGCAGAUGUAACUUAAAUGAGAAGCCAUGUAGGCAUUUUAUACAAAUAUUUCUUUAUAAAACUAAGUGAGAUCAUCCUCAUUUUCAAAUGAGAGAGUCUACAAUUCUAUGUUCUUAAGAGAAAAAUCACAACAGGAUUCUUAAUGUACAACUUAUUUGUUUAUAACAUGAGCAUAUUAUUUUAUUUGAUUCAUAAUGUAUUGAAGAUUAUAGGGAAUAGAUUCUCAAAUAUGUUAAGCACUGUCCUGGCAUAUAUUGAAUAUAUGUGAUUGUGUGUGACUCUUUUAGGGCUGGAAAAUGUAUAAAUUCUUCAACUGUUUUACAAUAAAUCUAAUAAAUUUUAUUAUGAAAUAAAAUAAGAAAAUUUUA